GACUGACCCGUUGACGCGGUGCCAGCUGGAUCAGUGUUAUCUGGAACAACAAACAGAGUCUGCUGGGCUUAUAAAAACCAAGACCUCAUUUAGACUCGCUCCUUUCUGCACUGAAGGCUAGGCAGGAUGGAAGUCCAGCUGAGCCGCUGUCACCUCGUAAUCGCAUGCUUUGUCUUGGCUGUGGCUUCGGUUCGGGCUUUAGAUGAUGGCUUAGAUCGGCCACUAAUCCCCGGGGCUCCGGUGCGCCUCUCGGUUACGGACCCGGAGCUCAUGAAAGCGGUGAAAUUUGCCGAGGAGCGGUAUAAUGUAGGAUCCAACGGGCUGCACAUACGCAGAGUCAGCAAAAUAAUAGCCGCUAGCAAACAGCUGGUGAAGGGAGUGCGAUACAGCAUCACAGUAGAGAUUGGGCGAACUCAGUGCAAGAAGUCUGAAGUUCUGGACAUUUCUGAGGCCUGUGAGUUCUUCCCAGAGUCACACAAACAGAAGACGGAGGUUUGUUUGUUUGAGGUUUGGGACAUUCCCUGGCAGAACAAGUCCACUCUGCUCAAACAGAAAUGUCAGCCUGCAGUUCCAAAGGAGACCCCAAAGAUUGUGCGUAUUCCUCUAUCGAAAGACAAGCCCACCAAGGAAUCUCUGGAGCUUCUGACAAAGUUCAAGGACUUCAUGGUCAAAUACAAUCGCACAUAUAGCUCUCAGGAAGAGGCUGAGAAGAGGCUGCGUAUUUUCCAGCAGAAUCUGAAAACAGCAGAAACCCUGCAGUCUCUGGACCAGGGCACAGCUGAGUAUGGCGUUACCAAGUUCAGCGACCUCACAGAGGACGAGUUUAGAAUGAUGUACCUGAACCCCAUGCUGAGCCAGUGGAGCCUGCAGAAAAAGAUGAAGCCUGCGGCCCCAGCCAGCAAGGCAGCCCCAGAGAGCUGGGACUGGAGAGAGCACGGAGCUGUCAGCCCUGUCAAGAACCAGGGGAUGUGUGGCUCCUGCUGGGCAUUCUCUGUCACUGGAAACAUUGAAGGCCAGUGGUUCAAAAAGACUGGACAACUGCUGUCCCUCUCAGAGCAAGAGCUAGUGGACUGCGAUAAGCUGGACCAAGCUUGUGGAGGUGGACUUCCAUCCAAUGCCUAUGAAGCUAUUGAAACCCUUGGAGGUCUGGAGGCAGAGACAGACUACAGCUACACUGGACACAAGCAGAGGUGUGACUUCUCCGCUGGGAAGGUGGUGGCUUACAUCAACAGCUCAGUAGAACUGCCGAAGGAGGAGAAUGAUAUUGCUGCGUGGCUGGUUGAGAAUGGCCCUGUAUCUGCUGCCCUCAAUGCUUUUGCCAUGCAGUUCUACAGAAAAGGAAUCUCUCACCCUCUGAAGAUCUUCUGUAACCCCUGGAUGAUUGAUCACGCAGUGCUGCUUGUUGGAUAUGGAGAACUUAAUGGCAUUCCAUUCUGGGCCAUUAAGAACAGCUGGGGAGAAGAUUAUGGUGAGCAGGGUUACUACUACCUGUUCAGAGGAUCCGGACUGUGCGGAAUUAAUAAGAUGUGUUCAUCCGCAAAAGUUAACUAGGAGCGCACACAAACACAAAUCAGGAGCAUGGUCAUUCUACGCAAAGACAGUACUAGUGUGACCUUAUGCACACCUACAAACACACAAAAACAAACCAUUCAUAUGUAAUAAGCAUCAUCGGGGUGUUGUUCUCACUAGCUCAAGCUGUGACUUGUAAAGUAUUCAUCUCUAGGGCAUGCUAUAGAAGAAGGAUUAUCAGUCCUCUUUUCAGUUUAAAAAAAGUGUCAAUAGGUAUUUUCCACAGGCGAUUUCAACCCUGGCUGACUCGCCCAGACUGAAAUUGUCCUUUCUGACCACGCCACCAUAGCAAGUCCUCACCCUCCUGCUUUUGUUAAGCUAAUAUUGGAUAUGCAGCAUUCUAGGCUCUGUAAUGUGGGAAAAAACAUCAUUUUUUUAAUGUUAAGUGCUCACAACUCCUCAUCUUAGAUCAGUUUAGGGCUGUCACUGUUGAUUAUGUUAGUAAACAAGUAAACUAUUGAUUAUUUUGAUGAACAAUUGAGGAAACUUAGCAAUAGUAAACAGUGCAAAUUGCAGAUUCCAGAAUGAUUAAUUGGACAAAGAUUAACAAGACUAGAAAAUAUAAAAUGACUGUGUAACAGAAAAUGAAUAUACAUUGGUGCAAUUCUUGAGCUACUAGGUCAAUUUAAAACAUGCAUGAUCAUCAUACAAAAUAUAUUGUAAUCAGUGAGUAAUCAAGUUUAACUGGGUUAUCCUGACAGCUCUGGAUUAGUUGUGAUUUUUUUUUAAUCAUGAACUGGUCAGGGUGAUUUAGGUGUGGGUAGCAGGUCUUAUAACAACACUAAAACAUACCUGUCCCUGGGUUUUUUUGCAGUAAGCACAUGUGCUGAGAGGUAGUUGGUUGUUUCAAACAGGGGACCAGCAGAUACCAAGUGGCAGAGAGGGAUGCAGCAUCAUUACCUCUUAUAACUUCAUUUCCGUUAAUGCAUACCAUGCAACACGCUUAACUACAUUAAGUCAGUUUCUGUGACAAGAUGCUUCAGAUAAUUAGAUUAGUUCUUUAGUCUGGUGUUUUAUCGUGUUAUUAUAUUAAUUGUGUGGACUAACUUUUAAACUAAUAUUUAAAUAAUAUUUUCGGGAAGGAAUGCUGUGACAUAAUUAAUAUUUGCUCUGAGUUUUAUGAAGAAAGCUCUGGGUGAAGUAGAUUUCCGUUUUUGUUGUGUCAUAACUGGACAAACUGGACACAUUGGACUGCGUAGUGCUACUGAUUCUGGAAGCUGCUCAGCAGAUACUUGUGAUUGAUGAAUGCUUUUUCAUUUUGUUAGAAAUUAAUACCGAUGGUAAUCAAUUCAUUGAUAUAUUCCUGUGCUCCAAGUGUUUUCUAAUCACUUUUAAAUGAUUGAGAAAUAGUAAUGUGAUGUUUUAAGGUAUGGGCUGAAUGUUACAGGCGAGUGUAUUUGCUGGAUUUUUUCAUGAUAACGUGUUUGAAGAUAAAUUAGGGACUAACAGCACUGCUGUGCCUCUAAAGUGCACAUAAAACGACAAAUAUGUUCAUGACUCAUCACCACACAAUAAAUACAGCAUCAUAAUAACUAUUUAAUUUGUUAUCAAAUAUGUAUUUUUGAAAGGUUUGCAGAUAAUUGCUGUAUCUUGCCUGGUUUCAAUGGCUGACAAGCAUGGUGUUCAUAAAUGUUCUGGAAAGCUGCUGAAUAAAGUCCCAAACUUCCCAAA